CAUCCGCCCUGUUCUCGAAGCUAGGCAGCUCACUUUUUGGGGCCACCAAUUCACCCCAAAAGGUCGUUACCAACAUCCGUGGAUUCCUUUCCAAUCGGUUGACCGGAGUUUCCAUUCCCGAUACAGGUUGCCAACUUGGAAGCGACGACGACGAAGACGGCGAAGGUACCCCACAUAUGAGCGAGAGAUAGACGAGAGUAGGCAGGAAGACGAUCCACAACACAAGGGUAGAAGCAAAAAAAAAGAUCGAUCCUAAAAGUGAAGGGUUCACUAGCUGGUUAGCGCGUCGGCCCACAUGGUCACCCACAAUCACCGCCAUUACAAUUACGCUGACGACGGCGACGAAGACGACGAUCAGGUCAGCCAGCAGGAAACGUCGACCCAAUGAUGCCCGGCUUAGAAAGGUGCAUCAACGUGACACGACAAAUCGCCGCAGACAGCUAAGAGCAAUACCAUUGACGGCGCACUGAGGUCACUCCAAACUACAAAAAAAAAGCAAACACGGGUGAAGAGCAAAACGCUCAUCGAACAAUCGACACCGCUGAAAAAAACGAAACAAAAAGUUAAACGAAUUGAGUGAUCGUUUCUUGCAUAAAUAGACUGAAAUUAGGAAAACGUGAUGGCGCCGCUACCGAUCAUUAACCUCGAACCGAGCGAGGUGAAGGAAAUCUUCUGGACCAAAGUGCAGGAACCGACGUCCCAGCGUAAGCUGAUCCUGGUGAUUGUCUCGAUCGCCCUGUUGCUAGAUAAUAUGUUGUACAUGGUGAUCGUACCGAUCAUUCCAGACUAUCUGCGAUACAUAGGAACAUGGGGACCGGAAGAGCCCAUGAAUACAAGUGCUCCUACAACAGUUUUUACGCCACAUGCUCACGCUCAUAAUGGACAGGACUCGGCGACUGGAGUGCUGUUCGCAUCGAAGGCCAUUGUGCAACUGAUGGUGAAUCCGUUUUCCGGAGCAUUGAUCGACAGGAUUGGAUAUGAUCUUCCGAUGAUGGUCGGCCUUUUGAUUAUGUUCCUCUCGACAAUGGUGUUCGCUUGCGGUAGGAGCUACAGUAUGCUUUUCUUUGCCCGAUCAUUGCAAGGUGUGGGGUCGGCUUUUGCAGACACUUCAGGUCUUGCCAUGAUUGCUGAUCGAUUUACGGAAGAAGCAGAGCGGUCGAAAGCCCUUGGUAUUGCACUGGCGUUCAUCAGUUUCGGAUGUCUGGUGGCUCCACCUUUCGGAGGAGCUCUGUAUCAGUUCGCCGGAAAGGAAGUGCCAUUCGUGAUCCUGGCGUUGAUAUCACUCAUGGAUGGAUUCAUGCUACUGCUAGUUAUGAAACCUAUUAAGGAAAUUUUGGCGGAAAGACAGGAAGUGAAGCAGGACACCAUUCCCAUUUGGCGGCUAUUGAUCGAUCCGUAUAUUGCGGUUUGCGCCGGGGCACUGACUAUGUCGAAUGUAGCGUUGGCUUUUCUUGAACCGACUAUUUCACUGUGGAUGGAAGAUACACUAACAAAUGAUAAUUGGAAGAUAGGCAUGGUGUGGCUACCGGCAUUCUUCCCGCAUGUAUUUGGUGUAGUGAUAACGGUCAAGAUGGCUCGAAAGUAUCCCGAAAAACAAUGGAUAAUGGCUGCGGGAGGUCUAGCUCUGGAAGGACUCUGCUGUUUUAUGAUUCCUUUCAGUUCGUCGUACAUUAUGCUGAUGAUCCCAAUUUGUGGUAUAUGUUUCGGAAUUGCACUCAUCGAUACAGCACUGCUUCCAACACUUGGAUAUCUGGUGGACGUUCGAUACGUAUCCGUCUACGGUAGUAUAUACGCCAUUGCCGAUAUCUCCUAUUCGAUAGCGUACGCCGUGGGUCCUAUCAUAGCUGGUGGAGUCGUGGAAGCCAUCGGAUUCACUGCCCUCAAUUUCGGCAUUGCCUUCUCAAAUCUGCUGUAUGCUCCGGUCCUAGGUUAUCUGCGUAAUAUUUAUGACUUUAAGCACUUUGAAAAUGAAGCAAACGUUCUGAUGGGAGAUCCUCCGACUAAAGAGUACCAAACGUACACUAUGCAGGACCAACAGGCGGUAGGAACAGAGUACAAAAAUCACCUGGAGUACGGCCGUCAGCAAGAUGACAGCGGCUACCAGCAACAACAGGAAACCAACAUCGAUCAGGGAUACUCGCAGAAUGGAAGCUAUGAUCAGUACCAACAGCAGCCGGGUGGAUACCAAAAUUACCAGCCUGGAUACCAAGAGCAGGGUGGAGUCUAUCAGCAGCAGCAACAAUCAUCCAGACAUCUUCCACAGCAACCCCAACCCGUGGCUAAUCCGUUCCGACAACAGGAGCAGCCGCAACAACAGCAAGCACCACCACAACCACGGAUCUCCAAUCCGUUUAGGCAAGGUUUUUAAAUUGUUCUUUGUGAUUGUUUCCUGUUUCUUUGUUUAUCCUUCGGUGCAUUAGUAUAAUGUGUAGACAAUGGUUUUAAACAAUCGGGAGAGCGCGUGAGGGUACGAAUGGAGCGAUGAAAGAGAGAGUACGAAAAGUUGUGAAAGAAUACAGUUGAAAACUGGAGAACGCUGUUAGAAGAUGACACACAAAAUGUGCUGUUGACUUGAGAGUUCGUAGUUUUGUAUAGUCGCUAAGUGUUGAAACAUCAACUCUGUACCCAAGCUUCUGCUGCAUGUUAAACGUAUCUGUAAUAUUCGCGUGAGCAAAGAAAAGACGUAUCCAAGAGGUAUAGACGAAACUAUAUAGAUAUAUAUUUAAAGAGAUUAAGGCACUACCAUGUAAGGAUCUAGUUCGAUAAGAAGCCCCGAGGACGUUCCGCUUGCUCGAAACUGCAUCGGUAUCAUAGACAUAUCAAACCAAGGUGAAACGCUCUAUUUGGGUGCAGUGACGACAAGUCUAGGAAUGUUCCACGCGGGGCAUUUCAGUUUCAGUAUCCUUCAUUUUGGGGAUCACCCACGACGUUUUCUUAACAUAAGAUACAACCAAGGUAGAACGAUACAUAUCAGAGCUUCGGCUCGCCUGAAUUUACCAAAGUGAUAUUAUAUGAAAAUUAUUACUUUUAGAACUUUAGGACAUAACAGUGACAUCCUCUAGCCAGGGCGCAUUCCAUUUAUCGGGGACACCCGGUGAUGGGGAUCUCGCUCUAUCUUCUAUACAGUUUUACGUAGCCAGUAAGCGAUAGGGUCUAUAAUAUAUACAUAAAUUAUCAAAUCAUCCAGACGGUUAUUCAGUAUUGCAACAACCGACAGAACAGAACCGCGCGAAACAUAACAAAUAAGUUCAAAACAGCAGCAACUCGAAUCUUUGUGUAAAUUAUUCCUUUUUUCGGUUCGACCACAAGUGUGUGAAACAAAAGGAAAAAACGAUCUCUAAUGAUAUCAAUUAAAAUAGUUAAAUCAAAUUACAAGGGCGGGUCGACGUGGCCGCUGUCACGCACGUCAGCGCCCACGUGUAUUCGAACAAUUACUAUACAGAAGAAGAUAUUGUCAUAUUCUAACACAUAAAUAUUACAUAUACACUGCUAAAGAUGAUGUAUUUAUUAGGAAAUCCACUCACCCAAACUCACGUAGGAAAGGCAGUGGUGCAUAACACCGGAGAAAAACUUUAAAUAUCGCAGUCAUAUCAAUUAUACACAGAGAGGAGAAUAAAACUACCAAAUCCUAAAAAAAACCAUACAAAUUCAAGACUGUUACUUUUAUGUUGCUACAUUGAGCUAUGUUUCCUGGUAUGACUUGUCUGCGUUAUAGAAAAAGUUUCUGAACAAAAGAAAUUGCUUCGUUUUGUAAAGCACACUAUAAUCAAUGUUGUAGAUAUCGUUAACAAAAAUCCAGAACGUCUUUGAUGAGAGCCGUUAUAGCGAAUUUCAUUCAAUUCAUUUCAUUUAUUCUGUUACUGUGUAUUGCACGAUAAAUUCUCGCGUCGACAAUUUUGAAACCCUCUGAAAAUGCUUCUAGAUCGUCGCAGUUACGACAAAUCGUGUUGAUGUCUGAUGUGCGUUUAUUCCUGAUUAUCAUAGGACACUAAUACAAUUUGAAGUAAGUUCGUGUGGAUUGCUUUAAUUUCGUGUAAAAAGUUGAUUUAAGUCACAAGUUUGAUUUAACUAGCAUAUCAAGUGUGAGUAACAACGGAUUACCGUGAUCAUGUAUGGAAUACUAUGAAAACAGGUUUAAAUUCGUUUAUAGUACCAGAGAUCAAUUGAUUGUAAAUGAGAUAAAUAAUGAAAGUAAGCAAGGGAAUAAAAGAAAAAAAAAUGGAAUGUGAAAAAACCAAGACCAAGUUCAUUAAAUGAUUAUUUUAUAUAUCUCAAAUUUUAAAACAGCUGUCAAAACGAUUUACUUCGAGGAACCAUACAAAGACGUUCUGGGACUCGCUCUAAUCGAAACAAUUAAAGUUAGAAAAAAUAACUAGGCAAUGUUUCAAGAAGAAGAAAUAUGUUGAAAACUAUCCCUCAGUAGCAAAGUGUAUCCCUUCUUAUCUAUUAGAAAGACUGUACAUUGUAAAUUUAUUGAAAAUGGCUUCAACACGGUUCUUGCAUCAUUUAAGGUACUGCUGCGUUCAAAAACGUCAAGUAUAAAAUAUCAAUUGCGUACUAAAGUUUUGCCUUUAUUUCGCUUUACUCAAAAUCAAUACAUUUCAAAAAACGCACAAAUUAUAAAAAGCAACGUUUUCGACCGUUAGUAGAAAACAAUUACACUAACCUUUAGAUAGAUUCCCAUUGAUUCUGUGCAGAGAACGAAGCGAUGAUUGUAUAAAUAUGACAAACC